AUGUCUUCAUUGAAAGCAGAAUUGAAGAAGGCUGCAGCUUUGUUCAAGGAGAACAAAAAUGACAAAGUAUUGGAGAUUUUAGAGGUUUUUCUCAAGUUUCGUUCUGAAAGAAUUUUUUAUUUCAGCCACUCAUCGAAGAAGGGGUGGCAGAUUAUAUGCUUUUUUGCUUUGCAGCUUUAGCAAAUUUCAAUUUGGAAGAGUAUGAAGAAGCUUCCGAUUUUUUCAAGAAGGUUUUUCAAAUUUUUUUUUUUCAAAUUUCAAAUUUUCAUGUGUGAAACUGCUUCAAAUUGUAGGCAGUGGAACUGGACAGUAGUAAACAAGACGCCUGGAAAGGGGCGUUCAAAAUUUUGGAAAAAGACUGGAAAAGCGUAGCGAACGAGUUUGGGCUACAAGUUUGCGAUAACAUCAUUUCGACAAGGUAUUUGAAAUUUUAGAACAGUGGGCUAAUUUCUUCUUUUAGUGAUGACAAGGCGGAAAGCGCGAAAAAAUUGAAAAGGAGCAUUUUAUUCGAGUUGAAAAAAUGGGAAGUUUUGAUGGAAGAUAUUGGAGAAGACAAGGAUUUUCUGCAUUUCGUUGUGGAAAGUUUUGUCGAUCGGGAGAAUUUGUCAGUUCUUGAAAGGUUGUUGGUAAGAUCUUCAUCGAGAGACAUGAAAAAAGAGAAUUUUACAGUUAUCAACAGUUUUCAUGAAAUUAUUGGAUCGAAACGAGAUCGAAUCAAACGCCGUGGUUUACCUUUCAUACUGCAAAUUUAGUGCGACGGUUUGUGAAAAAAUGUUUGAAGAUAAAAAAAAAGUUUAGGAGAAGCCAAGUGAACUGAUGACAUUGUUGGAUGGUUUGUGCAAAACUCACGGUGAAAUGAGGCAGAAUUCCUGGGUUGAACAGGCCAUUUUACUCAACGUUUGUGAGAGUGAGUUGAUGAGAAGUCUGAAAAAAAAAAAUGAAAAGUCAAUAUUUUUUUUAAAUUUUCGAUUUGAAGGCUUCUGUGGAGGUUCAAACAAAACAAUUUUUUCUUAUUUUUUCCAUUUUUUUUUCAAAUUUUUUUCCCAGUAUUUUAUGUUUAACAUUUAUCUUGUUUUAGCGCAAUUCCCUCCUUUCCAAAGAUUUUUUCUUCACAAUCCUCAAAUUCCAGCAUAUUUCUGCAUUUCCCAAAUCCCUCCGGUUUCCGUUCACAUUUCCGAUUCCAGUGUUAUUUCGGAGAAAGUUCGGUCCUUGAUCAGCAGCUUGAGGUAUUUUAGAAGAUUUUUUCUUGAAAAUGUAUUUUUUUUUUUUGAGAGAAAAUGACAUAACUUCGGCCCUGGAGUUCACUGAUCAGUUGGGGAACGAGGAAAAAAAUCACAUUAUCCUUUGUGUUUGCUGGAUAUCGUACUGCAGUCACAUGCCGAAGCUUGGGAGAAGUGUGCAGAGGUGACAAAAAUAAGAAAUAUGGAAAAAAAAACUUAGGUUGAAAAGGUCACAAAAAAUGUCUCGGAAUAUUUUUCGAAAAUUUUUUGAGUUUUCAGAAUUUUUUCUAUUUUUUUUUAUUGAAGGAAAAUAUUUUUCUAAGAUUUGGCUGUUUGAAAUAAAAUGGGUUAAUUUUUUUUCUCUAGUCAUUUUUAUUAGGUUUGGCUGGAAAGAGCCUUUUCAGGAGAAAUAAAAGAGAAAAAAACCUGAAAAAAAACCUUUUUUUAAAAAAACUAAAAAAACUGGAAAAAAACCUCAGGUAAAAAGUGAAAAAAAGAAGAAAAAAAGAAACUAAAAAAAGUUUGCUAGAAGGUUUUUUUGAAAUUCCUGGGCUAAAAAAAUAUUUUUUUAAUGCUUAUGAACGAUUCCUUGAAUUUUUUUAACGAUUUUUUUCGUAAGCUUUCCAAAAAAAUAGAAACUCUGUUAAUUUGUCAUUUUUAUCCAUGGAAUGCAUUAACUAAGAACUUUUUCUCGAUUUUUCCAGCUCCUCCAAGUCGCUUGUAAAACUCCAAACGCCGAGGUGGAAAAUCACCUCAACGGCUGGAAAGCUCGGGCGUUCCUCGAAGCUUUCCAUGACCCGAAAACGGCCGUUUCUUCUCUAAAUCGACCGUUACCUCUGCCUAAAUUUCUCCGGGAAGAGGUGAAAAUUGCGAUUUCGCUGAGCGAAACAGCGAAAUUGGACGAUUUGACGGCCAGUUUUCCGGUGGAUUCCAGGGAGAACUUGCAGAUUAGGUUCGUGGGGAAAAAAUAUAUGAAAUACUUCUUUUUGUAUGAAUAUCUUAUCUUUUUAGUAGAGAUCGGAAAUGGAUCUAGGUGUAUCGAAAAAUUUGAAAAAAGGUUUAAAAAAAUCAUAUAUACUUAGGAACUCCAGAGUGUCCCCUAUAGAGACAAUCUCAAAAGCCCUUGACAGGUACCCUUUAGGGACCACUAAACCUUGUAAAAGUGGCCCCUAUAGAAAAAAUGUUCUUCGAUAAUUGUCAUGAACUCUAAGCGAAGAAGCAUUUCCUUGUGAAAAACUAAAUGAAUAAGCGUUUUUUUUGGUGAAAUUUAGAGACCCCUACAGGGACCAGUUUGGAAUUCAUAAGUAGAUUCAGAAAUGGAAGACUGAAAAUUUAAACUUAACUCGAAAAAUCUAUUUUUUGAAACACUUUCGGGACUCAUUUUGAUUCAAGUAUUUUCAAAAAGACGAAAAGAAUGAAAAAAAGUAGACUUCCCAAGGAAAAAGUGUCAUAGGGAAAGCUUUGAAAGUUUUGUUUUUAAAAAAAUUUUUUUGAAAAUGAAGAUUUGCCUUUUUUUAAAUAUUUUUUUCGAAUUUGAAGGCUUUUUCGUGCCUAUUUUUUUAUUCAAAUUCCUCUCAUCGAACUCUUGGAAUUGAUUCUAAAGGAAUUUAUAAGCUGAAAUGAGGGAAUUUUCGAAAAAAAGAUGCCAUAUUUCUUCAGGAUCCUCACAUCCAACUUGAACGACCUUUCCGAUUCGGAAAAAGUCGCUUUGGCUGAAAAAUUGGCUUCUCAUUUGGAAGCUGACUGGCAGGAUUUGCUUUUGGCCGCCGAAACGAAGAUUUCAGCCAAGUUGGACGCCACUUCUUUGCUUGUCAAGGUGCUUCAAAACGCUUAAAAAUAAAUCGAAGCGAUUUUUUUUGGGUUCCAGAAGAGCUUUUUCGAGUUUUUGACAGAAAAAAUGUAUCCGUUUAAAGAUUUAAUAUUAAUAUUUGUGAUUAUAAAUCGGGUAGUGCACAUUUGAAAGCUAGACGAUUUUUAUUUCUUUUUUUAUUUCGAAAAUUGAGCAAUCUUUCUUGUUUUCUAGGACAAACAUGAAGAUUCUGAGCUUCUAGCUGACCAGAAGAUAGUCUCAGCUCACAGUGGGACUUCGGAAUGAGACCAUGUUUUCUAGAUGUAGUUUUUGAUGCUGAUUCCAAACCUGGUCUCAAAAGCUGCCUUAGGUCUGUGAAAAAAGUUAUGGACCCUCAAAGUUCGAAAAUUUUAUUAUCUCCGAUCGAGCUCAUUUUUGGAGGAGGGUAUCUAGAUCCUGUCCUUGUGGUCACGAAAAACCGAUUAAUUUUUACAAAAAAAUCUUUUAAUUUUACAAGAUCUAUAUACCUUCCAAAAAUGAGCACGAAGACCUUGAAAUUUUCGACUUUUGUGGGUGCAUAAUUUUUUUUUUCCGAGACGUAUUGGGCAAUUUUUAGACCGAAUUUGAAAUCAGCGUGAGAAAGAAAAAAAAAAGAAAAAAUGAUCUUAUUCAGAGGUCCCACUGUGAGCUGAGAACAUUCCCUGAUUCGUUUCAAUAUUUCUCGAAAAUUCAGUUUUUUUUUUAAAUUUGAACGCGAUUUUUAAGUUGGUUUUUUAGAGAAAAUUUCAAUUUACCAAGUUUUUUUUGAGUAGAUUACCUCAAAAAGGGUUAAAAUUGGUGCUCUUCAUUAAUGAAAUUUCAGACAUUGAAGAUCCUAUUGCCAAAAAUUUUCAAGUCCUAAAUGUUUUUUUUAAUCGAUUUUUAUGUAGAUAUCGCACAAGAAACGCUUGAAAAUAUUCAAACUAAAAUUUAUUUGCAGUUUUUCAAACCCUUUGAAGUGGUCAAAACCAAUAAAAGAAAAAUUUUUCCAGGCGGCCAAACUGAACCCUCGGUCCAGCCGCGUCUUCCACGUCCUCGGCCGCACUUUAGUGACCAAAAACCCAGCCAAGGCGAAAAGUUGCCUGGAAAGAGCCGUCCGAAUCCGACCCUCCAACGAGGAAUACGUCCGGGAGCUGGACCAGCUCCUGGAAAAGUCCGAGGCUCCGGCCAACGAAAGAUUGGCUCAUCUGAAGCGAUUCGUCGCGUUGAGAGGCCAUAUCAGGCCUCUUUGGCUUGGCGAGAAGUUUGCCGAGUUGGUUUUUUGUGAUAAUUUUUUGAAAUUUCAAGUAAAAAUGUUGAUUCGAUUAGAUAGCAGUCGCAUUGGGGUCUAAAAAAAUUUAAAAAAAUUGAAAAAUUCAGUUUGAAACAAAAAAAGUUAGAUCUUUCAGUUAGAUCUAGUUUAAUAAAGUAAUAUUUUUUUAAACCUCUUAUUUUUUUCACGGUGUUUUUUUGGUAUUUUAAUAGUUAUAAUAUUUUUUUCCGUAAAGUGUAGUGUGUUGUCUGCAUGCACCACGGCGCUCUCGAGUACAUCAUUAAAAAAAAUUUUUUUUUGAUUCGAAAGAAAAAAAUUGAGGUAAUGUGCAAAAAGAGUAAUUACCUGAGUUUAUUGCGGAAAUUUUUCGUUCUCAUAGCCUUGGUGUUGAUGGAUUAUACUUUAAUAAAACCCAUUUAUUGUGGAACUUCGUAUAACUUGCUUUACCGUUUCAUGAAAACUUUAUAUGUUUAACUUCAGGAAUGGUUUUGUUUCUCAAGGCACCUGUUUCUUAAUAUCAAGCUUUUAUGAUGGUUUUUCGGGAGUUAUUUAGUUUUUUAUUGGUUUUUGAUGCAUUCUGCUUAUUUUCAAGAGACAAUUUUUGAUAAUUAACUUUCCGAAUCAGAAGAGCGAGAGAGCAACAGUGACCUGAAGAGACAGCAGAGAAAAAGAGUUUUUGCGCUUCUCUGGUGUCUCUAGGGUUGUUGCUGAUGUCUCGCUAUCGGAAUGGUUUUAAAAAUUUUUUUGAAAGUUUUGGCCCUUUUUCGAGAGUCUAACAAUUAUGUGCCAAUAAUCAAAAAUUUCACAAAAUUUCAUUUAAAAAAAUAGUUGAUUGUUUCUCUUGAAAGUAGUAUUUUCGGAAAGUUCGCCAUGGAGCGCAGAAAAUCAAGCCGGUGAAGCUCUUUUGUCCACCCGAAUUUCUCAAUCUUUGACGAUUUUUCUCCUAGUUUUCCGGUUUUUUUUCAGACUCUACCUGAAAACUGGCAACCUGGACGGGGCCAUCGAAGAAUUCCAACAAUUGGUUCGGACAAAUGCCGAAAAUAAACGAGCCUGGGGCAAUUUGGCCAUGUGCUACUACAAAAAAGGACACUUGAGGGUUUUGAGAAAAAAGGAAACUUUCAAAAAAAAGUUUAUUUUUAGGCCUCCGUCAAUUCUUAUGAGCAUUUGUCAAAGUUGGACUCGGGAAUGGGUUAUAAUAUUCCGGUAACAAAAAGAAUGGAAAAUAUAUAAAAUAUAUUUUUUUAGCUCAUGAACAUCCUCAUUGAACUGGGCGAUUAUGAAUUGGCGCUGGAAAAAGUUGGGACUUUGAACGAAGCCCAAGAUCCCAAGUUCCACCUGGAAGCGGUCACGUUGGAAGCGAGAGUGAGGAAAAACAGGAAAAUCUAGAAAAUUCAUCCAUUUUUCGCGAAAAUAAAUGGAAAUAGAGUCUUCUCAUGCUUUUUUUGCUAUAAAAAAGUUUCUACUUCCUUUUUUCGAGGAAGAUUUUCAAGAAGUUGUUUGAACGUAAGAUUCUGACUUUCAACUUAAUAAAUAAAAAGAAAGACGAAAGCGAGAGUAAUAGUGACCUGAAGAGACAGCAGAGAAAAAGAAAUUUUUGCGCUUCUCUGGCGUCUCUUCAGGUCGCAGUUGAUCUCUCGCUACUAUCAAAAUUUUUUUAAUUUUUCGAUCUUUUUUAUGAUAAUUUAAGAAUUGUUAAAGACCGUGUUAUCUUAAGAGAAGUAAGAGAAGUAGAGAAACGUGUCUGUCAGUUUUGCAUUCUCUCUCACUCUUUAAAGUUAAAAAAAUGUUGUUUUUUUGAUUUUUUUGAAUUGAGUAUCGUGAAAAAAAUAAAAUUAGGGCGCUAAUUUGUUAGAACAACCAAGAAAAAAAUGUGAAAUACAGUUUUUUUAUAAUUUUUUUAAUUUUUUUCGAAAAAAAUGUCCUAGUUUUUUUGUUGAAAUUUCAUGCAGAGAAUCUGUCAUGUAAUUUUCAAAAAAAUGGUUCAGAUCCACCUGAGUAUGAUGGACACGAAACACGGGGAAGAGAGAAGGGAACACCUCAAAAAAGCUCUGAAACUCCUCGGCGAGGCGAUCAACUCCAGACCGGACUUGUCUUUGAUCUACAAGCUGGCUGGAGAUGCCCUCAUGAAGGUCUUCGAGUUCGACGAGAGGUUCUUCAAGGAGUUUGAGGUGAAGAAGAAAAGGAAAAGCUUGAAUUUUGCCUAGGAAAAUUAGAAAAUUCAGUUUGAAAAAUCCAAAAUUUUCAGCUUCAAUAGUAAAAUUUCUGGAAAAAUUCAAUGAAGAGAAUCACGGUUAUCAUUUUCCCUGUAUUUAAUAACAAAAUAGGGAUUUUUAAAUUUUUUUCCACAGUGAGAACUGUCAAAUUAUGGAUGGUAUAAGGAUUUUUCAACCAUUUUCGAAGUAAUUUUUCUUUUGAUUUUUUUUAACAUAUAGAUGAAGCUAGAAUAGUGACAUUUUUCAAGCAUUUUUCAUAAAUAAAUAAAAAAUUUGAUUUAUUUUCUUUUUCUUUGAUUUCUGAAAGAAAUGUUCAUUUUUUUCAACUUUUUCCAUUUUGAGGAAUUUAUUGAUGUUUUCGUGGAUAUCCAGGCUACUGUAGGUUUUCAAGAGAUCUUAUUUCAAGUAUCUCGGGCCUACAGUACUGGCCAUAAAUAUAUGCCUAUUUGGGUUUUCGGCUAUAACUUCGCUUCAAAAUAUCCGAAUUCGCUGAAAACUUAAUAUGUUGUGCAUGAAAAUGUUGCACAUUGAUCUAGAUGGAAUUUUGUGAUCCUCAAAACGAUUUCAAAAUUUUAGCUCCCAAAAACCAAAAAUGACCAAUUCCUGAUUUUUCAACUUUUUUUCCAAAUUUUCUAUAAGUUCUUUGAAACAUUUUCAGAGAGCCAGAACAAGAUUUUGAUGAAUGAGAGGUCACAGACUACUAGAAAGAAAGAAAUUUGUUUACAAUUGCUCAUCCCAAAAAGAGAAGGAUGCCGUCAAAGUAGGCGACCUCCUUCUGAACGGCAUAAAAAGAAAACGGACUGAAACACGGAAAGAAAGCUACUGAUCUCAAAUUUUUUCCUUUUUUAACAAUUAGAAUGAUGUUAACAGUGUAUAUUUCUGUGAACUGAAAUAUGACAAUUCUUUCAGAUUAAUGAAGAAUGGAAGGUCUCCGACCGGAAUUCCUGCAUCAACACGGCCAUUUCCUUCUACGGAGCCGUUUUGGAAAGAAAUAAAGAAUCUGCCCAGGCGUGGCAUGAUGUGGCGGCGGCUCUCUUGACCCUAUCUUCAUUGAAUCGAGACGGAAAGUUGAUUGAAAAGUGAAAAAUAUUGGUGAAAUUGGGUCUGAAAAAGGCGUUUCAGAGCAAAAAGCUGCCUAAAACAUGCCCUACGGUUGACCAAUGACCCCAAGUUUUUGGCGAUUUUUUGGACUUUGAUGGCGGAAGCGAUUCGGUUGGAAAACGGGUCACCUGCUCGACAGGUAAGGAAUAAAUUUCUGAAUUAAAAUAAUCAAGUCUUCUGCAUGAAAUUGAGGCGUUUUGAGGCCGGAAAAUGCUUUAAACAACCAAAGAAUUUUUCUCAAAAUUUUCUGAAUCCUUAAAUUUUUUUUUGUAAGUUCGAAUUGAUAAGGUGGAAAUAAAGUUAGAUCUUUUUUUUUGACUUUAACACUAUUUUUCUAGAUUUUUUUGUCAAGUUUGUCUUGAGUCUGAUGAAGAGAAUUGUGAUAGAAGGAAAGAAAUAUUGCAAAAGAGCAAAAAAACGGUGGGCGGAGCCAAAAUAUCCACCGUUCCCACGUGACGUCAUGGGAACGGCAGAGAUUUCGGCUUUCAGAGCGUAAAGGCGCAGUUCGCCGUAUUGCCAGAGGUCUUUAAGACGAAUCGAAUUUUCUCUACAUAAACGAAAUUAUCGGCAUGUUCUAAAACACGAGCGGUUGUGGGGCACGAGCGGCACGACCGUUACUAAAUCACGAGCGGUUUCAUUUUCGCUCCUUCGCGAACGCUUCUAAAUCACGAGCGUUUUUGGCUUAUCGUUCUGUUCGAGCGUUUCUAAACCGCGAGCGUUUCAUUUUAAUCAUUUUUCUUUAUUACCAUCCAAGUGUGUGUUUUUCAUAUUUCUACCUUCUUUUUUUCUCCUUGAAUAAAAAGUUUUGACGAUCUUAUAUGCACAUUUUUUUCGCUCAAUUUGUUGAUUGAUUCACAUUUGAGGUUCAUAUAAUGGAUUUUUUUCUAAGUUUUUUUGCGGUCUCUAUAAUUUCACAGAUUCUGCGUAUGGCAAAUUUUUUUCUAAUAAUUUCAUCUGAUUUUUCAUAUUCAAUAUUUCACAGAUUUUUGCGUAUAAUAAACUAAUAUUUCACAGAUGUCUCGCAUGAAAGUCAAUAUUUCUCAAAUUUUUGCGUAUAGCAAAUUUUUCUAAUACUUUCUCUCAAAAAUUUUUUUCUGGUAAUAGAAUCUCAUAUUCGAAUUGAUGCCAUUCAUAUUUUAUUCUCCUCUUACCCGCUAGAAUAGUUUUGGAGAUACUACCAAAAAAAUUUAUUCGUUUCCAAGCUUUGAAAAUAUUUAUCAUGAAACGAUACGAAAUUUACGAAGUAUCAAAAAAAUAAAUUAAUAACCGUAGCGAAUGAAUGAAAUAAAUGCCAUAAGCGUCUGGUGGUUCAUCGGUGAAUGACAGCCGUAUAACGAAACAGAUUGGAAAAAUGAAAAUAUAGAAAAAAAGGAAAUCAAUGUAUAAAUCAGAGUUUAUAUUAAAGAGUUCAGGUAUGAAAGUUCGACAAUGGAAUCUGAAACAUCCAAAUUAUAUGAGAAAAAACCUCAAUAUACCAUCCAUUGGCUCCAAAAAAUCAUCCGGAAAAUCUUCGGGCGGUGUGUAAUUGCUUUUAAAAAAAACUAUCAGUGAGAAGGCAGGGAAGAAACUUACGACAUAGUGGGCUUCGGACGAUAACCAGAAAAAUGCAGCAAGCUCCCGUUGUUCCAGAAAAAUGCAGCAAGCGGCCUGUUACUAAAUUUUAUAAUUUCGUAUUAUAAUUCCGCCCAAACAGCGCUUAUAAAAUGACUAUACUAGCUAGAUUUUUUGCAAGAAAAACACAGAUGAGAAUCAGAGAAAAAAAGUUCAUAUUUUUUUAAUUUGUCAUAAGCAAAAAUCUGAGAAAUAUUGACUUUCAUGCGAGACAUCUGUGAAAUAUUAGUUUAUCAUACGCAAAAUCUGUGAAAUAUUGAAUAUGAAAAUCAGAUGAAAUUAUUAGAAAAAAAUUUGCCAUACGCAGAAUCUGUGAAAUUAUAGAGACCGCAAAAACUUAGAAAAAAAUCCAUUAUAUGAACCUCAAAUGUGAAUCAAUCAACAAAUUGAGCGAAAAAAAUGUGCAUAUAAGAUCGUCAAAAACUUUUUAUUCAAGGAGAAAAAAAGAAGGUAGAAAUAUGAAAAAAACACACUUGGAUGGUAAUGAAGAAAAAUGAUUAAAAUGAAACGCUCGCGGUUUAGAAACGCUCGAACAGAACGAUAAGCCAAAAACGCUCGUGAUUUAGAAGCGUUCGCGGAGGAGCGAAAAUGAAACCGCUCGUGAUUUAGUAACGGUCGUGCCGCUCGUGCCCCACAACCGCUCGUGUUUUAGAACAUGCCGAAAUUAUCUGCGCGAAAGCGGCUCAGUGCAUGCACACGACACACGACACUUUACGGAGAAAAAGUGGGCGUGGCGACGUCGAAAAAACGCCGUGCGUUGUUACCAAGAAAAAUGUCUUGAUGGUAGUUUGGAAACUUUUUGUUGGUGAAAGUUGACUAUCAAGAAGACUUAUGACUGGAAAAAGAGGUCUUUAAUAGUUUUGAAAUCCCUUUUCCGGGAUUUUUUGGACUUAUUCAAACACAUCCUGUAGAUUAUAAUGCUUACGCCAUGAAAACAGCUUCUUUUGCAUUUUUGCUCUGCGGAACUGCGAAAAACAAAGGUCUUGAAGCGAAGUAUGGUCAAUCUCAGAAAAAAAAAACGUGACUUUUUCGAAAAUGGCUACAUUUUUUCCAGCAACACUGCUUGGUCCGAGCCCUGCAGCUCUGCAAGACCCACGAUCCGGCCUGGUUGCAACUCGCCGUUCUGUACUUCUCGCAGGGCGAAGUGAAAACCAAACUUCUUCCGGAAUCAGUCCCCUAAAUUUGAGAUCGACGAGGCUCACCGAGCCUUUGAGCAGACCAUCAAGCACAACCCGCAGAAUGGAGCGGCUUGGUGCGGCUGGGCGAUGCACGCCGAGGCGAAGAUGGCCUUCCACGAGGCCCGGGCCAUGUUCCGACAGGCCCUGACCAUCAAACCGACGGUUCGUUUCUGAGUUAAAGCUUGAUCAAUAAUGGGUCUUGACACGAUGGUACGACAAAAACUCAAGUCCGCAAAUCUCGAGGACCGUAAUCUUGUGUACGCAGAUCUAAAGUCCCAUAAUCUUGGAAACCAAAAUCUUGGAAACCAAAAUCUUGGAAAGCAAAAAUCUUCCCUUUUAGUCUUCUUUAUUGCACUUUAUCUACUUAUAUUAUCUUGUUUGGAUCACCGAAUACAAUUUCUGAUAAAAUCUAUUGGCAAAAGCGUUGAUUUUUACUUUCCAAGAUUUUGGUCUUCAAGAUUUUGGUUUCCAAGAUUAUGGGACUUUAGAUCUGCGUACACAAGAUUACGGUCCUCGAGAUUUGCGGACUCGAGAUUUUGUCGUACCAUCCUUGACACGAUAAAAACUGAGAUUGUGCUCGACUGGUGGAGAGCGCAGACAAGCCACGCCCCUUGAAACCUUAAGCUCAGUUUUUCCACCAUAUCCCUCCCUAGAUGCAGAAACUUUUAGAUUUUCUUACGAAAACCUUCUCUCGCCUAAAAUCAUUCAUCAGUACUUUCUUUGAAAUCCCUUCGAUCCAGAAUGCCGCGAUCAUCGGCUACGCUCAACAUUUGGCAAAAAGUCUGAAGGAUUCCCGUCAUCGAUUCGAUCCGGCCACUGAAGCCAUCGAAUUCGAACCAAUUUUGGAUAUUCGAGGUCUUUUUUAACCCCGAAAAAGAAAAUAUGAAGAUAUGUCAGAAAAGGCCGACUGCGAUCCGAACACUCGCUACCAUUUGGGCGUCCUUUGCGAACUGUUCGGGUAUUUCGCCGAAGCUGUCGAAUGCUUUAAAAUGUCUCAAGCGCCGGCGGAAGACUUGGAACGGGCCAAAAUGUGGGUUUGAGUGGGGAAAAAACUAGGAAAGUGGUAGUUUUAGUGUUUAAAAAGCUAAUUCAGGCAUUUUCAUGAUUUCUCCAUAAAAAUCGUUCGAAAAAUCAGCAUUUUAGUUUUUUUGAUGUGAUCUGAUUUUUAAAAAUUUAUUUAGUUGCGUGAAUUUCUAAAGGAUGAGAAGCUUCUUAAUCUUUUUCUAAGCAGAAGGUUUUUUCCCUCAUUUUUGAAAACCGCAAAAAAAUAAUCAGUCAAUUGCGCUCCACGGAUAAAGUUUACAAAAUGAGCAAUUUCAAGCCAAAAAAAAAACCUUCAAUCUUCUUUUUUCGUUGUAACUUCAAUAUUCAGUGAAUUUUUCGUUCAAAAUUGUAAAAACAAAAAAAUGAACUGUAUAAGUCUAGAACAAAAAUGUUGAGCCUAUACUAUGUAAAAAAAAUGUGAUUAAUAUGGUCAAAAAUGCGAAAAAAAACGCGCUCUCCAUGGUAAAGAGAACCAUUUUCCGAAAUAUUAAAAAAAAAAACGCGCGCUUCAUUUUUCGAUCUAAAAAUUCAUACUUUUUCGGAAGAAUCGAAAAAAUUCAGAAAGCUGUCGUUGAUCUCCCCGACCUCUUCGACAUCUCCAUGUUCUGAAAGCGAAGAAAACGCGAAACUUCGAAACCUCGCCCAACUCGACGCCCCGACGAUUCGUGAGCACCUCAAAACUCAGUCGCAAGUGUAUGGCGAUCUCUUGAAAUUCAUCGAAGACGGCAAUGUCGUCGGAUUCGGCGAAUUAUAUUUGAAAUGCUUCAAAGCCAUCUCCACUCCCUUGCUCGUUUCGGCGAUUAUUGCUUUCAAAAUGGUGGGUUUGAUCUGGGUGUUAUGUAAAUGAGCAUAAAUUCAUUGCUGUAGGGUUUGAAAUUGCUAGGGUUAUAAUAUGGUUUGAAAUUGUUGGAGUUUUUGGCUAAAUCUGAAUUUUAUCUUUAUUGGUUAGUUUGUGUCUUAUUUGUGAAGUUGGCACUUCAAUCUCUCCAUUUUUAUAGCCUAUUCACUUCCAAAAUGAUUCUGAAGAUAUCACUACAGGGAUAACGAGCUGAUUUUAAAAUUCCAUAACAAGAAAAGUGGGUUUUUCAAGGUGAAGAUUGAAAAAAGGUCUGAAAUUGGAAUAGGGAAAGUUUGGGGAUGUUUUUCUAUUCCUAGGAGUGCCAGAGAGGUCCCUAGAGGGAACCUUCGAGGCCCUGAGGCUGCCCCUAUAGGGAUCACUUUGAAAAGUUGUGAAAUUUUUGUACACCUUACUCAGUUAUGACAGUUUUCACCGGAAUUUGAUGGAUGUCAGAUGAGAAAGUCAAAAAAAAAAUUUCCGGUGUUUUUUGGCACAAGCUUGAAAAAAUUAAGGACUCUAGCAGCUUCUCGGAGUAAAAUCUAGUCUAAAGAAGGUUUGAUUUUUUAUGAAUAAAUUUUAAUGAUAAGGGGAACUUCAAAAAGCUUUUUCUAGGAGCUACCAGAUAAAAUCGUAGCAAUGCUCCAUGACGCCUUGCCGCGUCAAGAACUGAUUGACGUUUUUCCAACCGUUCUGCCGCCUGAUAUGGACAAUGGGCUGAGACAUUUGGAGCAAGAUGGAGAGGUCCCGUUCCGGUAUCGGCAUCGAGUUGCCAAGGUGAUUUGUGAAGAAGAAAAACUGAACUUGUAGUGUAUAUUCUAAACUCGAAUAUUCGUAACUAGAGAGCGUUGCGGAACAAGAGGUCAGAGUAAAAAAAAGAACGCGUGCUCUCUUCAUUUUGAACGCUCUCUAACUUUCGAAAAUUUAUGAUUUUUUUGAUUCGGUGUUUUUCCUAGGGCUUUUUCAAAAAUUGUGAGUAACUAACUUUGUAAUUUCCGGUUUUGAGCAUGAUUUUUCUUCCUUCUCUAUUGAAUUUUAUAAGGUUUAUCUGAUGAAGUUCAAGUUUUUUUCUCGUUUAGGCAUCUUUCUUAGAGUGUACUUCGAGAGUUUCUCAAAAAAAUCGAGUGGAAAUAUCAACUAUUAACCAAAAAAAAAAGUUAGUUUUUUGGGCGUUUUUUUCAGAAGCCGUUGUGCGUAGUUGUGCCUUUUCAGGGCGUCUUUAAGAAAAUAGUGGAUCGAUUUUUGUUUUGGCAAGUUUUUUUUUCGGUGAUUGAAAUUACGAGAAUCAUAGUGAUUGAAAAGUAGUCAAUAACCAGUGAUGAUAAAUCUUUUAUGGGGAUAAUUUUCUUCAAGAUUUUUACGUAGAAAGCAAAAAAUAAGCUUCAAAGUUUUAUCAAAUUCUAAGCAAAAGAUGAGCUUUGAAAUGUUACUUAUCUUGAAACCUAGGAUCUGUUCGAACUGCUCAAAAAUCGCCGUGAAGUUUACGAAGCUAAUCGGAAACCGUCGACUCCUAUUCCUGCUGAUGAAAAUGAUGAAGUCGAGGAUAAUUGA